GCCUCCUAAACAUUUCUAUACAACUUCCACACAGCACUUGCAGACUCAUCGCCAGUCUAGACUAACCAUGGCUUCAUCACUCGCCGCCGAGCAGGAUCUGCUCAACAAGGCCAUCAAGCAAGAGAAGAGCGCAUCCGGUGGCUUCUCCUUCUUCGGAGGGCGUGGCGAAAAGUACGAGAAGGCCGUCGAAAUGUACCGCACAGCAGCGAACGCCUACCGUGUCAAACUCACCUCGAUCGACGACCCCGAGACCAUUUCCCUCGCAAUCUCCCAAGGCGGCAGCGCUCUCGAAUCCGCUGCUAGAAUCUGCACAGAGAACCUGGAGGAGCCCUUGGAUGCUGUCAACAUCUACAACGAGGCCUUCAAGCUGUACCACGAGGUGCAGCCCGAAAAGGCCGCCACCAUGCUGGAGCAGGCCAUUCAGAAGCAAAAGCAGUUGGGAAGAUGGAGACCGGCUGCCACGAAUACAGAGACUCUAGCCACACAUUACCAGCAGGUGCUGGGAAACAACCCAAAGGCCAUCGAGGCCUACAAGGACACAUUAAAGUGCUACAAGCAAGAUCCCGCUCCUGCACUCGAGAACAAGAUCACCCUGGCACUUUCCGACCUGCAAGCACUCGAGGGCGACUACAGCAGUGCGAUCCAAGGUUACGAGACGGCGGCCGACAAGGCGCAAAACAACAACCUCCUCGCCUGGAACAUCAAGAACUACCUCUUCCAAGCUGGUAUCUGCCACUUGGCCACUGGCGACAUGGUAGCCACAUCCCGCGCCUUUGACGAAUGGCGUUCCAAGCACGCACAAUUCACGUCCGCUCGCGAGUUCCAACUCCUCAACGACUUGAAAGAGGCAGUAGAGGCUGGAGACCAAGACAUGUUUGCCGACCGAUUGUUCCAGUUCGACCAGAUGCAAAAGUUGAACAAGUGGCAGACGACUGUGCUUCUCAGGAUCAAGGAGAAGAUCGAGAGCCAGGACGAGGAUUUCUCUUAGAUGAUUAUACCGACACAUUGGGAGCGUCUUUGUUUUUGGCGUUGGUUUGAUAUCCUUGUAAUUCUGACGCACGAAGGACAGAAGUACUAUGUUGGCCGUUCCCCGUUUACAUGCGCAGAGAGAGUCAUAGUCUCUCAAGAUUGUUCAGUUUGUCUUUCCAUCUUCUUUUGGACUCUCAGCACCGCCCUGACUUGCUCCAAACAAGCCCAAGCCCCACCAGGCCGUUUGUGGUGCGACUUCGGUCUUUGCCUGUUGUAUCUCAUUCUUUGCAUGUGCCCUCGCAUGUUGAAUCUCCGACAUGGCUUCGUCCUUGGCCUCUUGAAGACGCUCUUUCACUUCUACCCCAAUUGACUUGUUGUUAUCGAUAGCAGGAAUCUCUGGGUCGCGUGAGGUCGGCGGG